CAAUAUAGUAUUAAGGAAAAAAUCCUGCAAAUCAUCUAGAAAGUGGGGGAAAAUGUUUUAAAAGUACAGUUUCAAUGAGGAAUAUAUACUACGCCCUAUUUCUGGCGGGUUUGCUGCAACUGGCUAUGGCCAGGCAGCAAUUAAUGGUUGGCAUUAUCUUCACUUCUGAUAAAGAUGAGGCGGAAAUUGCGUUUCGUACCGCCGUGGAUCGUGCAAAUGUUGUGGAGCGUAGCAUAGAACUGGUGCCUUUGAUUAUCUAUGCUAAUACAGAGGACAGCUUUAUUAUGGAGAAGACUGUUUGCAAUCUUAUAUCUCAGGGCGUCAUUGCCAUAUUUGGACCCAGUACGGGCAGUAGUUCAGACAUUAUAGCCUCCAUUUGCAACGCCCUAGACGUACCGCACAUUGUCUAUGACUGGUCCCCCAAUGAGGCCAUCACUGAUCGUGAACAAUCCACCAUGACGCUGAAUGUGCAUCCCGACAAUUUGCUCCUGGCUCGUGGAUUUGCCGAAAUCGUGCAAAGCUUUGGCUGGCGUAGCUUUACCGUUGUCUAUGACACCAAAAAGGAGCUGCAACAGCUGCAGGACAUUUUGCAAAUCGGUGAGCCCAGCAGUAAUCCCACCACGAUGCGUCAGCUGGGCCCUGAUGACGACCACAGACCCUUUCUGAAAGACAUUAAGCUAUCCACCGAUAACUGUUUGAUUCUGCACUGCGCUCCCGAAAGACUUUUGGGCAUUUUACAGCAGGCCAAUGAGCUGAAAAUGCUUGGCGAAUAUCAGAGCGUCUUCAUACCCCUGCUUGAUACGCACACUUUGGAACUGGGAGAUAUCUUUAGCGUGCAGGCGAACAUAACAACGGUACGUCUGAUGGAUCCCACGGACUAUCAUGUGAAGAAUGUGGUGCACGAUUGGGAGGAACGCGAAAAACGCGAGGGCCGUUACUAUAAAGUGCAACCCACCCAAGUGAAAACUAACAUGAUACUGCUGAACGAUGCGGUCUGGUUGUUCUCCAAAAGUCUUACAGAGCUGGGCAUUGCCGAGGAACUGAAACCACCAGAGGUUGAUUGCAAACGCAAAAGAGCCUGGUCGCAUGGUCGACGCAUAAUAGAAUUCAUGAAAGCGCGCUCCGAAGAGGUUGCUACGGGUCGCUUGGACUUCAAUGAAUAUGGAGGGCGCAACUUCUUUACACUUCGCUUUAUGGAAAUGAACGCAGGCGGUUUUUUGGACUUGGCCACAUGGGAUCCCGUCAAUGGUUUGGAUAUGUUGAACGAUGACGAAGAGAGCGAGAAGCGAGUGGGUCAGAAAUUGUCCAAUAAGACAUUCAUAAUCUCUUCACGCAUUGGUGCCCCCUUUCUGAUGCUUCGAGAGCCGAACGAAGGCGAAAUUUUGCAGGGAAAUGCGCGCUACGAGGGCUACUCCCUGGAUCUGAUUGAUAACAUAGCUCGCAUGCUAAAUUUUAAAUAUGAGUUCGUGCUGGCACCUGACGGCAAAUAUGGCAGCUUCAAUAAGUUAACUCAGUCCUGGGAUGGCAUAGUAAAGCAGCUACUAGACGGAAACGCUGAUCUGGGUAUUUGUGAUUUGACCAUGACCUCGUCCCGACGCCAGGCUGUUGACUUUACACCGCCUUUUAUGACACUCGGCAUUAGCAUAUUAUUUUCAAAACCACCUGUUCCACCACCCGAUCUGUUUUCCUUUUUGCUGCCCUUCUCGCUUGAUGUCUGGAUUUAUAUGGGCUCUGCAUAUUUGUUCAUAUCGUUGCUACUCUUCGCUUUGGCCCGCAUGGCGCCCGAUGACUGGGAGAAUCCGCAUCCCUGCAAAGAACCGGAAGAGGUGGAGAAUAUAUGGAGCAUAAUGAAUACUUGCUGGUUGUCCAUAGGCUCGCUCAUGGGUCAGGGAUGCGACAUAUUACCCAAAGCUGCUUCUACGCGUCUGGUAACUGGCAUGUGGUGGUUCUUCGCAUUGAUGAUGUUGAACUCCUACACAGCCAACUUGGCUGCCUUUCUGACAAACUCCCGCAUGGAUAGCUCCAUAAGCAGCGCCGAGGAUUUGGCAGCACAAAGCAAAAUCAAAUAUGGAGCGCUACUGGGUGGAUCCACCAUGGGCUUCUUUCGGGACUCAAAUUUCAGCACUUAUCAGCGCAUGUGGGCAGCUAUGGACAGUGCUCGACCCUCGGUCUUCACGAAAACCAACGAUGAGGGCGUGGAACGCGUGCAAAAAGGCAAAAACCUGUAUGCCUUCUUCAUGGAAUCCACAACGCUGGAGUAUGUGGUGGAACGUAAAUGCGAUCUGAUGCAAGUGGGCGGCUGGCUGGAUUAUAAAACGUAUGGGAUUGCCAUGCCUUUCAAUUCUCCGUAUCGCAAACAAAUCAGCGAGGCUGUGCUUAAGCUUGGCGAGCUUGGCGCACUCUCCGAGCUGAAGCGCAAAUGGUGGAAAGAGAUGCAUGGCGGAGGCAGAUGUGAGAAAACGGAUUCCGGUGGCGGAGAUACGCCCGAAUUGGGUCUGGAAAAUGUCGGUGGUGUGUUUCUGGUGCUGGGCUUGGGUCUGAUGGCUGCUAUGGUGGUGGGCAUUGUUGAAUUUCUAUGGAAUGUGAAGUCGGUGGCCAUUGAGGAGAAGAUUUCACUAGGUGAGGCGUUUAAAUCGGAAAUUAUGUUCGCGCUUCGCAUUUGGAUCACCACUAAGCCGGUGCAUGCCAGCGCCGAUUCAAGCAGCUCUUCAUCAUCGAACUCCUCCUCCAAAUCAUCAAAGUCAUCGAAAUCGUCGAAGUCGCAUUCAACGCGCUCCAAACAUUCAUCCAAAUCCUUUGGCGUGUCCAACAAAAGUAUUAAAAGUUCUGGAGAACGUGAUGUGGAGGCUUCGGUGCACGAUAAAUUGCGCAAAAUCGGCUCCAUGUUUUCCCUGAAAUCCCAACAGACCGCUCCCGAACUGGGCUGGAAGGUGGAUAAGUCUACGCAAAUUGAUGACAAACCGGCGCCAUUAGAAACGCCACCAGAGCAGCAAUUGAAUCAACGACAUCACCACCACCACCAUCAUCAUCACCACCAAAGGAUGCCGAACCCUCAGCAGGAACACGACGAUGAACAAUUUACCUCUAAAAUUGGCAAUGGUAUAUGAAAUUAUUGUUUUAAAAUGGUUAGCAGAUCAGUUCUACAUUAGUUUAGCAAUCGGGAAGAUUCACAGCGAUUAUACUUAUUUCAUUUAAUAUAUUAUGUAGCAGCUUCAAUAAUUAUCGUUACUGGAACUGUGAAAUGGAAUCCAAAUUAUAUGGUUGACCAUAACUUUCUACUUUCGUAAAAUUAAAUUGAAAUGAAUACAAAUAGAUUAAAUUAUUUUGAGAAAUACAUUUGGCCGCUUUGCAGAAUUUGUGUGAAGUAAGCAGGUGUUAGAUAAAAUCCACUCCCACUUAUAUUUAAAUGACAUAUUUUCGUAUUUCAUUGUGAAAUUAAAAUUAGCUUCACUAAAUUUACAGAAUAAUUGGGAGAUUUCUCUUUUCCCCUUCUGCUUUAAGGAUUACU